GCUUGUCAUCUUAAUGAAAAGUGUUAGCGAAAUAUCGUCCACUGAUAAGUAUCCAAGUCCACAUGUCAAGCGUACCAAUACUACUUCGGGUGAUUUUCAUGGUAUAAACGGUUCCGAGAUUGCUAUAACAAAGGAAAAUAGCAUUUCCUCCAAUUCGCCCCUACAGCUUGCCGAGCAGUCUCUGUCGGAUGCUUUGAUGCCAGGUCUAUCGAACACUCCGGUGAUCACCUUCCAAAAACCUAGUCGUGCUACUCGAAAACGCGAGAAACGUGCAGAGCUGCGCCGCGCACAAGAGGCAGCCGUAUCUAAAGCUGCUGCUGCCGAUACUAACAGUUCCAGAUAUAUGGAACUAAGAAAAAUACAAGUCCAACUGUCUGAACGGAACUUGUGUCUUUACGAAAUUCCUCCCGACGGAGACUGCUUGUAUUCAUCGAUAGCCCACCAAUUGCUGCAACGCCACACGUCUGUUGAAAAUUUGAAGCAGAUUUCAGACACCGGUGAUGAUCGAAUGGAACUCCCCUUCCAGCUUAAUACGCAUUCUCCAGAUUCAUUGUCUUUGUUCUUACGUUUGAUGGCUGCUCGCCAUAUUCGUGCGAAUAAGGACCACUUCUUGCCUUUUCUCUUCAAUCCACAGACAGGGGAGCCUAUGACCGAUGAAGAAUUCUGUGCGUAUUGUGAUUCUGUUGAAAAGCCUUCAACAUGGGGUGGUCAAAUCGAAAUUCGAGCUCUGUCCUGUGUACUUCGAACUCCGGUAGAAGUCAUACAAGCGGAUGGACUUCCCGUUAUCAUCGGAGGAGAAUUCGCUGGUAUUCCGAUCACCAUAGUGUAUCAUCGCCAUGCUUUCGCAUUAGGCGAACAUUAUAACUCCUGCGUUCCUUUGCCUUCCAAUCGUUGAGGUCGACCGAAUGUUUGCCCUGGAUCACUAUUGCCUCCGAUUGUCAUCGAUCCCGCGGUUUAUUUUGAACCUGAUUUUAACUGUCAGCUUCUUCAUCUCUUCCCUUUGGCCUAUUACAAUUACACAAUUUCGGUUUGCUUAUAAUUUCAUCUGUGUUUACCUGCGGUUUCCAUUACUCGCUUGUUGUGUACAUAUCACGGGUUCUCAUAGAUACAAUUGUAAGAAGAAAUAUAAAAAUGUUUUAACGAA